AUGCCAACCUCCACCCUCUCCUCAACCGACCCCCUCACCCUAGGCGAGGACGUCUUCGUCCUCAUCGCGACGCGCUUCAACACCGUCGACCUGGUGUCCGCAAGCCAAGUCUCGGUCGACUGGCGCACCGAGCUCCUCAACACCCCUACCCUCUGGCGGCGGGCGUGUCUUGCGUCCGGCGCGGACGAGGACGAUGUGCGCGUCACCGCCCCGACCUGCGAGGAAGCAGUGCCAGGUCUGCACCGCUGGCACCAGAUCGCCCUGGCGCACGCACGCACCGAGUGUAACUGGACAGCCGGGCGUUUCGCGACCACGAAACACACGCUCAAGUUCGACCACCCGCUCCAGAACUUCAGCUGCGACUCGCGCGCGGGCGUGAUCGCCGUCAACGCAGACGGCAACAACGACUCGCUCCUCCUCGACCGGCGCAGCUUGGCGCACGUGGUGUGCGACGGGCACGCGGCACACAUCGUCCAGGACGUCGAGGACGGCCCGCGUAGCAUCAGGGUGUGCCGUAUCGUGCGCGGCGCGGGGCUGGCGGCCGUUGGCACUGUGCCUGCCUGCCCCGACGAGCGCCACUCGGACUGGAACCUCGAGACCCGCGUGGACGAGCGCGGGACGUCGAGGCUCGCGGUCGUGGUCCACCGCCAGGGGGAGCAGCUCGAGAUCAGCGUGCACGACGCGCCGUGGGAUGCCGAGGGUGUCCAGCUUCGUCCGCAGCCGACCGACAGGCCAGCCUUUGACGUCGUGAGUCCUGCCGCAUAUCACCAGCUCACGGUCCAGUUCGUCCCAGUCCUCGACGACACGUGCUACGUCUUCCUCCAAGGCUUCCGGGCGUACCUGUACAACCGGCACGACGAAGCGGCACCCCUCACGACCUGGCCGCAGCUCGAGCUGCCGUCGGGCACACUCGCGCCGCACGCCACAGCGCUGGCGUACCGCCUGCGCCUGCCGCCGCUCGACGACGAGUUCGUGACCUUCUCGCACGCGAACGCAUGGGUGCCCAAGGUGGAGCACGUGACUUCGACCGGUAUGCUGCCGCGCAACGAGGGGUUCCGCGACGCGUUCGAGGUGCCGCCCAAGUGGAUCUCUGGGCCCAUUCGCUGGUAUGUAUGCAUCGACCAGACGCAGCUGACGCGCAGGAGCUGCUACAACGACCACGACCUCUUCGCCAUAGCGCACGACACCAACCUCCUCAUCCUGCGGGACUUCCGCCGCGUGUUCCGCCAGUGUGUCCGCCUCCACCCGGCCGAGCGCGCCGCCUACCUGGGCCAACACACCGUCGUGCUCAACUUCGACGCGGGGAUCAGCGGCCUGCGCGCGCUGCGCGACCGAUUUGUGGUCACGACCGUGAGUUACUCGCAGGACACACUUGACCCGCAGACGUGGGACCUGUGGGUACUCGACUCGCGCAACCUCCCGACUCUGCCGCUCGCGCCAGACGCGCCGCGCCCCGCUCUGCCGGCGCUGGCGCUCCGCCGUGCUAUCCCGCCUGUUGAUGGCACCGACCUUAACGACUUUAAUAGUGCUUGGAGAGUCUACUCGGACACAUUGUUCGACUCGCGCGCCAUCUAUCUCUUGGCGGAGCGCAACGAUACCAUUGUCGCGUACGAGUUUGACAAGUAG